UUUUGACUACUUCGUCGCAGUCUUCUUCAGCAACCGUUCCGUUAGCCUACCAAGCCCAGUGAAGAGCUUGAUUACUUGAUAAAGAAAAACAUACAGAGAGAGAGAGAGAGAGAGGUAGGUUACAUAGAGAAUGAUAGGGUUGGAGGAUGUGUAUAAGGUGGUGGAGGCGAUGGUGCCGCUAUAUGUCGCGUUGAUGUUGGGUUACGGAUCGGUGAAGUGGUGGAAGAUUUUUAAUCCAGACCAGUGCGAUGCGAUAAACAGGCUUGUUUGCUAUUUCACCCUCCCUCUCUUCACCUUCGAGUUCACGGCCCAUGUUGAUCCCUUCAAGUGGAACUACAUGUUCAUCGCCGCCGACGUCGUCUCCAAGGUCAUCAUAGUUGUGGUGCUAGCGUUUUGGGCCAAAUGCAGCACCAAAGGGAGCUAUUGCUGGUCCAUUACCAGCUUCUCGCUGUGCACGCUGACCAACUCGCUCGUCGUCGGCGUCCCCCUGCUCAAGGCCAUGUACGGAUCAAUGGGCGUGGACCUGGUCAUCCAGGGCUCGGUGUUCCAGGCGAUCGUGUGGCUCACGUCACUGCUUUUUGUACUGGAGAUGAGGCGGGCGGGGCUCGACAUCUUGUCGUCAUCGUCCUCCACAGAGGGUGACUCGCCAGCACGGACAGCCGUCGAUACGAAGGCCGAAGUCGAUUUGGAAGGGAGGAUGGGGAUGAUGGUGAGCUCUAGUAGGCCAUCAUUUUGGUCUCUCAUGAGGACUGUUUGGACGAAGCUUGCCAUGAACCCAAACUCCUAUGCAUGCAUAGUUGGUAUAGCUUGGGCGUUCAUUGCAAACAGGUGGCACAUUAAGAUGCCAAGCAUAAUGGAUGGAUGCAUAUUAAUCCUGUCAAAAGCUGGGACAGGCACUGCCAUGUUUAGUAUGGGGAUGUUCAUGGCACUGCAGGAGAAAUUGAUAGCAUGUGGGCCGAGCUUGACCCUGUUCGGGAUGGUUUUGAGGUUCGUUGCCGGUCCGGCGGCCAUGGCCAUCAGUUCUAUUGCCUUGGGCUUGCGUGGUGAUGUCCUCCGUGUCGCUAUCAUCCAGGCAGCACUGCCACAAUCGAUUACGUCCUUCAUCUACGCCAAAGAAUAUGGACAGCAUGCAGAUGUGCUUAGCACUGCGGUGAUCUUUGGAAUGAUGGUCUCCUUGCCGGUGCUGCUUGCAUAUUUUGCAAUUCUCGAGUUCGUCCACUGAUUCCUUGGAGAGUUGAAAAUCUUCCAUCUUUUUUCAAAUUUUUCGUCUUUUUUUUUUGGGUCUUCCUUUUUUUGUCCCUCUUUUUUCUUUGGUGAGGGAAAGUUGGGGUCCUUUCCUUUCCAGCCACAAGGGGUUGAUAUGUAGUGUCGUACACACUCUUCUUCAAUUAUCCUCAUGUUCUUCUUUCUCUUGAAUUUUGAUUAAGCCGAUUGCACCGUAUGGGAUCAAGCGAACCACGUUCAAUGCAUUACAUGACGAUGCAACGAGAAAUUCGUUAC